AAAAAGAAGAAGAAGAAAUAGAGGUUAUGAUUGAAAAGUGAUAAAUCAAAACAAAAUUCCUUAUUUCAAUAAAUUAUUUAAUGAUCGUGAAUAUUUCCAUUUAAAAUGAAUAAAGAAGAAAUGAAGCCUCAUCAUGUACAACAACCUGUAUGUGUAACACGACCAGCAUACAGACAGGGUCGAAAACUAACUGCAGUCAAGGUGUACACCAUCAAUCAAGAAUCUCAGCAUUUACACAUCUACGGGGUUCCUUCGCCUAAUCUUCGAAACGAAUUGAAAAGACUCUGUUCCAAAUAUGGACAGGUUUUGGCGAUUUUUGUUGUUCCAAACGUAGUUACAGAAAUGUUCACGGAAUGCUACCACGUCCAGUACCAAAGAAUACAGUCAGCACGAAUCGCAAAAAGAUUAAUAGAUACAAGGUCAUUCUACGGAGGCGUUUUGCAUGUUUGUUACGCCCCCGAAAGCGAGUCUUUACAGGAAACAAAAGCGAAACUGCUGCAGAGGAAAAAAGACGUUCUGAAUAGGUUGCCCAAACAGAUUGAUAAGACGUGAUGCACUCGACAGGAAGUUUAUGGGAACGUUAUUGUUGUGAAAAAAUUCUGAAGGUUUAAAAGAUAAAACAUCAUCCAGAUUUCAUCUCCUAGUUUGUAAGAUCAUUAGAGUUUUUUAUUAUGUUAGAAGAUAAACAUUGACUGAUAUUCUCAAUAAAGAUUAAGUUAAUUUGCUGCUAA